AUGAACGUUUAUUGACGAGAGUCGCAAGUGAACAAAAUCACUUUAUAGCAAGUGGUUGGAUUGAUCGGAUCGGUUGAAUUUCAGUGAUCGUCAAUUUUUUUUUUGAAAAAAAAAGAACUUUUUUUAAAGCUCCUAAAAGCAAUCGAUCAUACGAUUUUAUAUUUUUUUUGUUUUUUCUUCUAUUUUUUGUCUUUAUUUUAUAUUUUUUUUUAUUUUGUUCUUAUAAAUGCUUGUCGUUGCAACGUGGAAAAAGAUAGAUACGCCGCGUUGUUAUAGGAUUUGAUUUGCUCUUUCUCUUCUAUCGACUCGAACUGUCGACCUUAUACUGACGGCAUAUAGUAGAAGAAUGCACUUGUUACUUAAUUGCUACCGCAACAGUGAAAUCCACUAUUGAAUUUAAGAUUCAAGUUAGUUGCAAAAAAAAAGUUUUUUUUUUUUCUUAUAAAAUACAAAGUGAGGAAAUACAACAAAAAACAAAACUGUAAAAGAAGAAAGGAGGAGUAGUGCAUUCUGGGAACGGGAACGGGAACGGGCACGGGAAGACCUAUUGAAAACAGUUGUGGUGGCGAAUGACAUGAGCAAGAGCAUAACAUUCAUAUAGCAUGGAUUCGUUAAGUUACUUUUUGCAAAGCGCAGUCGGCUUUUCGGUCGGCUUCUCAUUAUUGGGGGCCGUUGAGGUUGCAUCGGUGGCCUUCAUUGUGUACUAUGUCUACACUAAGACAAGAGCUCCAACAAUAAUCGCUGGACUUUUCCCACAUCUUAAUAUCAACAUAAAUUCAUCAUUUGAUACAUUUAACAAAAUGGGAUAUUUGUCAUCUUUUCUCCCAACAAAUAAUCAGGAUCCAAAACAACAAACGAAUUUAUCACAUGGUUCAGGAACGCAAAAUCUACUGCACAUCACGCCACAUGCCGGCCGGAAGCCCUAUAACUCAAUGUUCGACUGGGGUGUUUAUUUUCCAUUUAUAGCUCAAUCUUUUCGCAUGAAACAAUUUCCGUAUCCACAGGUGUCCGGGCUAGUUUUAAAGGAUCCAAUUCUGCAGCGUGCCAUCAAGCAAGCAAGUGAAGAUGCAUUGAAAGAGGAGAACUCAAAGAAAACACGUCGUAACUCAGAAAGAGUUCUUCCAGUCCCCGAUCCAGAUUCAGAAGAUGACGAAAUAGAAAACCUCGAAUAUCAGAGAAUACUCAAACAACAAGAGAAACGAGGCUAUAAUAUCCUUAUGGAUAUGCGAUCGAGGCUAAAUCAUAUUUUGGUGUCUUUUACAUCUUGGCUGUUGUACAAAUUAUUGCCAUGCUUUUUGUCUGGCGUUGUCACUCAUACCCGCCAAAUAGAAAUGCUUAAAUUGGCUGCCGAGAAGGCGCCAGGCAUUCCUUUGAUUUUCCUGCCAUUGCAUCGGAGUCAUUUGGAUUAUAUCAUGGUGACAUUUAUUUUGGCAAAUAAUGAUAUAAGGUCGCCAUUAGUGGCUGCAGGAAAUAAUCUGCAAAUUCCAGUUUUUGGAGGGUUGCUAAGGGGACUUGGAGCAUUCUUUAUAAAGAGAAAAAUCGAUCCAGUUGUUGGGAAAAAGGAUGUUCUUUAUCGAGCUGUGUUGCAUUUGUAUUUGCAACAUGCACUCAAAAUGGGUCAUAAUGUGGAGUUCUUUAUUGAAGGCGGCCGAACCAGGACUGGAAAGCCAUGUAUGCCAAAGGGUGGAAUCCUAUCAGUUAUUGUAAAUGCUUUUAUGGAUCGCAGUAUUCCGGACGCACUUUUAGUCCCAGUAUCAGUAAACUAUGAACGUCUUGUGGACGGAAAUUUCGUUCGUGAACAACUUGGCCAAAAGAAGAUACCAGAAACAUUUGGUAAAGCUAUGUCAGGCAUAUGGAAGGCUUUGAAUUCGAAAUACGGAUUAAUGCGUAUUGAUUUUAACGAACCAUAUUCCAUCCGAGAACUCGUCCAGAGUUACAAUAAAAUUGCGAAAGAAGAUGGAAAUAUGAAAAUUUAUAAACCAGGUGCAAAAACCUUGCAGCAUAAUCAGUCAACGUCAUCGUUGUACGGCACAGAUGUUGUCUGUGAGGAACAUCGGACGCUAAUUGACAGCAUAUCCAGGCAAGUGGUAUACGAUUGUGCUGCCGCCACAUCAGUUAUGUCAACAAAUGCAUUGGCUUUCUUAUUGCUAAAUCAGUUUAGAAGUGGUGCUCUUGAAACUGACAUUGCUAAGGAACUAGACGCGUUAAGAAAUGUGCUGAAGGGUCGUCGAGAUAUGGGUUUCUCUGGCGAAUCUCUUCAUGUUGUAAGAUAUGCCUGUGAUCUUCUAGGACCCGAUCUUGUAUUGAGAAGCAAAAGGGACCAACAAAACUAUAUUCAACCAAACCCACUCGUACCAAGACUGAUUGAAUUAGCUUACUAUUCAAAUACUCUAACGCCGCAUUUUGCCCUUGAAUCGAUUGUAUUGACAUCCCUCCAUACUCUAUUAAGCGACAAACCAAGUGACGCUGGAAUCUCUCGAAAGCAUUUGCUCGAGGCUAGCCUUGAAAACUGUGGAGUAUAUCGCUACGAAUUUAUUCUCAACAAACCCACGCAAGUGUUGGAUCAACUUCUUGAGUCGACAAUCGAUGAGUUGUUAAACAGAGAACUUAUAAAAGGAAUCGAUACGAAAGAAAUGACAGAAAGUGAUGUCCAAACGCAUCGAAUGGCAAACAACCUAUUGUCUUAUUUGGGUGAAGACGAAUAUGAUGAUUUCGAGCCAUUAGACAAUCAAGAAAAGCCGGAACUUUUCAUCAAUCCAAAUACUCUUCGAGAACAGAAAUACAUUUGUGACAUUUUGGCUCCGUUUGCGCAUUCGUAUUAUGCUGUUGCACAAUCAUUGAAAGUUUUGUACAAAAAUUCAAUGUUGGAAAGUGAAUUUAUUAAAUUCGUUAUCAAAGAUAUCACAGAUAAAGUGAAUGAUGCAAGUUGUCCCUAUGGUGAAAGUAUCUCAACCGAUUCGGUUAGAAAUUGUUUGAAAUUACUCGAGAAAUGGUCAGUUUUGGAGGUUUUCAAUCAACACGGACUGCGAUUGUUAUCGCUUGGACUUUUGUAUGAUUCAUCGUCAGACGGUGUUCAAUGUAUUGUCAAUAGAAUAGGAGCAAUUGUGCCAAAAAUUAAAAUGUAAUUUUAGUUAA